UUUCCAUUUUUAAAAAAAUGCACUACUGUGUGCUGAGCGCUUUUCUGAUCCUGCAUCUGGUCACGGUCGCGCUCAGCCUGUCUACCUGCAGCACGCUCGAUAUGGACCAGUUCAUGCGUAAGAGGAUCGAGGCGAUCCGCGGGCAGAUCCUGAGCAAGCUGAAGCUCACCAGCCCCCCAGAAGACUAUCCUGAGCCCGAGGAAGUCCCCCCGGAGGUGAUUUCCAUCUACAACAGCACCAGGGACUUGCUCCAGGAGAAGGCGAGCCGGAGGGCGGCCGCCUGCGAGCGUGAGAGAAGCGACGAGGAGUACUACGCCAAGGAGGUUUACAAAAUAGACAUGCCGUCUUUCAUCUCCUCUGAAACUGUUUGCCCAGUUGUUACAACACCCUCUGGCUCAGUGGGCAGCUUGUGCGCCAGACAGUCCCAGGUGCUCUGUGGGUACCUUGAUGCCAUCCCACCUACUUUCUACAGACCCUACUUUAGAAUUGUCCGAUUUGACGUCUCAUCGAUGGAGAAGAAUGCCUCCAAUUUGGUCAAAGCAGAGUUUAGGGUCUUUCGUUUGCAGAACCCAAAAGCCCGAGUGCCUGAACAGCGGAUCGAACUGUAUCAGAUUCUCAAAUCCAAAGACUUAACAUCUCCAACCCAGCGCUACAUUGACAGCAAAGUCGUGAAAACAAGAGCAGAAGGCGAAUGGCUCUCUUUUGAUGUAACUGAUGCUGUUCACGAGUGGCUUCACCAUAAAGACAGGAACCUGGGAUUUAAAAUAAGUUUACACUGUCCCUGCUGUACUUUCGUACCAUCGAAUAAUUACAUCAUCCCAAAUAAAAGCGAAGAACUAGAAGCAAGAUUUGCAGGUAUUGAUGGCACCUCCACAUAUACCAGUGGUGAUCAGAAAACUAUAAAGUCCACUAGGAAAAAAAACAGUGGGAAGACCCCACAUCUACUGCUAAUGUUAUUGCCCUCCUACAGACUUGAGUCACAACAGUCCAACCGGCGGAAGAAGCGUGCUUUGGAUGCUGCCUAUUGUUUUAGAAAUGUGCAGGAUAAUUGCUGCCUACGUCCACUUUACAUUGAUUUCAAAAGGGAUCUUGGGUGGAAAUGGAUACAUGAACCUAAAGGGUACAAUGCCAACUUCUGUGCUGGAGCAUGCCCUUAUUUAUGGAGCUCAGACACUCAGCACAGUAGGGUCCUCAGCUUAUACAAUACCAUAAAUCCAGAAGCAUCUGCUUCUCCUUGCUGCGUGUCCCAAGAUUUAGAACCACUAACCAUUCUCUACUACAUCGGCAAAACACCCAAGAUUGAACAGCUUUCUAACAUGAUCGUAAAGUCUUGCAAAUGCAGCUAAAAUUCUCGGGACAAUGGCAAGACGAAAAUCACAAAACGAUGAUGAUGACGACAACGACUAUGACAAUGAUGAUGUUUCUAACAAGAAAAUAUGAGAGAGUCUUGGUUCAUCAGUGUUAAAAUGUUUUGAAAAAGCGGUACUAGUCAAACACUUUGGAAGUUUGUGUUCUGUUUGUUAAAACUGGCAUCUGAAACAAAAAAAUGUUGAAGGCCUUAUUCUACAUUUCACCUACUUUGUAAGUGAGAGAGACAAGAAGCAAAAUCUUUUUCUUUCUUUUUUUUUUUUCUUAAGAAAAAAAUAAACACUGGAAGAAUUUGUUAGUGUUAAUUAUGUGAAAGAAAAAAAAAACACAAAAAAACAAAAACAGGAAAAUCCCGUUAAGUGGAGUUGCUGUACGUACCGUUCCUAUCCCAUGCCUCACUUGAUUUUUCUGUAUUGCUAUGCAAUAGGCACCCUUCCCAUUCUUACUCUUAGAGUUAACAGUGAGUUAUUUAUUGUGUGUUACUAUAUAAUGAACGUUUCAUUACCCUUGGAAAAUAAAACAGGUGUAUAAAGUGGAGACCAAAUACUUUGCCAGAAACUCAUGGAUGGCUUAAGGACCUUGAACUCAAACGAGCCAGAAAAAAAGAGGUCAUAUUCAUGGGAUGAAAACCCAAGUGAGUUAUUAUAUGACCAAGCAAGUCUGCAUUAAGAUAAAGACCCUGAAAACACAUGUUUUGUACCAACUGCCUAAGGAAGCUUCUUGUAAGGUUCAAAAAUGAAAAAGCCUGUUAAUAAAGGAAACUUUCAGUCAGAAUAAGUCUGUAAGAUUUUUUUUUUUUCUUUUUUAAUUGUAAAUGGUCGUUUGUCAGUUUAGUAAACCAGUGAAAUGUUGAAAUGUUUUGACAUGUACUGGUCAAACUUCAGACCUAAAGUAUUGCUGGACAGCUACACUAUAGGUUAUUUUUCCUUUUGUUUUGGUGUAUGUAACCAUACCUAUAUUAUUAAAAUAGAUGGUAUAGAAGCCAGCGUAAUUGAAAACACAUCUGCAGAUCUUUUUUGCAAACUAUUAAAUCAAAACAUUAACUACUUUAUGUGUAAUGUGUAAAUUUUUACCAUAUUUUUCUAUUCUGUAAGAAUGUCAACUAUGAUUUAGAUUGGACUUAAAUUUAGACUCUUUUUAAUGAUCACUCACAAUCGUAUGUUUCCUUCAGCUGGCCAGUACUUUUCAGUAAAGCCCCUGUAUUUUGACUUGCACUAUGAAUACAUUUUUAAAUAGUAUUUGCUC